ACGAAAAGAAAUAUUUUAUCUGUAGAGCAGCGCUGCAAUAUUAUACAGAGAUUGAAGGAUGGAGAAACUCCUCAAUCAUUAGCUGAGGAGUAUAAAAUUUCCAAACAAGCAGUAUCGUGGAUUAAAAAAAAUGAAACUAGUAUUCUUCAGACACAGGAAAUUUUGAAAUCCUGUAACGGCAAUACUGAUAAGAAACGUUAUAAGAAACAAGAAGAGAAUAUAUUGGAUCAAAAAUUAAUGAAAUGGCUUAGUCAGCAAAGAAGCAUGGGUCGACCGGUGUCAGCAAGUGACGGGUGGCUUGCCAAGUUUAAGAAGAGAUACGGAUUGAAAAAUAAAAAUGCUAAUGGCGAAAAAUUAUCGGCAGAUAUAGAAGAUGCAUUUCAUUUAUGUGCCCUUGCAUGGGAUGAAGUGACAAGCAGUGAUAUUAGAUAUUGUUGGAAAAAUCUAAUUCCACUGACUGCUGAUAAUAAUGCAGAAACAGCGCCGGUUACUUUGCCUAAUAAUGAAGCCUUCUACGCUAUUAUGAAACGAAUCAAAGAUUUCAAAAUGUAUACUCCUGCUGAAGUUGACAAUUGGCUCCAGAUUGAUUGUCAUGAUAACGGAUGGCAACCUCUGGCAAACAAUGAUAUUUUGGCUAACCGGUGUAUUGCUGAGAAUCAAGAAGAAGAAGAGCUUGAUGAUGAGAUCUCUUAUAACGAUCAAAAUUAUACGUUUGAUGAUUCCAUUAUAGAUAAUUGUCCUACGUUUAUAGAGGCUAUGAGUGGAUUAAAUACAUUUUUACGUUGGUAUCAGCGCAACGGAGAUAGCCAAGAUGUAUUAAAUGCCUGCCAAAAAGGUAGUCAAGAGUUAGUCAGACUUGUGAUUCGCAAAUAA